AUGUCGCCGUCCUCACUCCCCCCGCAGAAAAAGCGUAAGCUGGCCUCUGGUGACUCUAAGGUCAAGGAAUUAGAAGGGAUUGAAGCCAAUAUCAACAAAAGUCUUGCGGAAGGCGGAUCUCUGAACUGUCUUGUGGAUCUUCUGGACAUUGCCCGCUCUUCAUCCGAUCCUGCUUUCCUACACAAAGUACUCUAUUCUCUUUAUCGCUCCUGCGUAUCAAUAGCUGCAUCUCCAAAGAUCAAUCUGUCUAAAUGUCAAACUGAAGAGAGCAAGGUGGUUCGAACCUGGCUACUCGAACGUAUUGGUGAAUUCACAGAUUUGUUGUGUGGCCUCAUGACAGACGAAGAGAAGGCGCUACGCACCGCCGCCUUACAGAUUCUGAUGUCCAUGCUCAAACACCUCUCCACCGCUUUCUCGACUGCUUCGAAUAUGCCCCAGAUACAUUCUAUACACUUCCGGAAGAUUGUGGGUGCCUUGUUAUUAUGCCCAUCAUCUUCCAGGGAUGGGCCAAUAGAAUCAGAGGACCAUCACAAGGUGCAACCUGAUUUACGCGAUACAUUUAUCGAUACUUGGUUGAGCUCUUAUGACGACGUCCGAUGGUUCUUCUUUCGGGAUGCCACUGCUUUAUUGCGGUCGUACAAGGACACCAAUUCAGUACCUCCCCAGGUAGUCGAGAACCUCUUGUCCUUCCUUGAACGCCUGAAAACGAUGCCAACAGAAGCGGCAGAAUUGAAUGCCUACUGGAUCAUUGAAUUGGGAACCAAGCCCCCUAAAACACCACACGGCCCUAAUCCGCCAGGUGACGAACCAGAAGAACCGACUCCUGCAGAUCAAGAUGACUGGCGCACAUUUUUUGACGAUGCACCCUCGGCCAAAUCCGCGACCCCAAAAUCCAAUCAGGCUCGAGUGCAUACACUCUCAACGCACCAAUGUCUUCACUCGCUCUCGUCCCAUCGCGCCCAAUUUUCUGCUUGCUGGAUGACCCUGCUUCCUCACAUCGCAUCAUCGCCAUCACUCGCGGCGCGUGCAUUGGCGGUCUUGUAUCGGGGGGUUAUGCCUCACAUGGAUAAGCCCGUCAGACUCAUGGACUGGGUCGGAGGAUGUGUUGAUUUUGGUGGCUCAAUCGGUCUACUGGCAUUGAAUGCAUUGUUUACGCUUAUCAAAGACUACAAUCUUGACUUCCCUGACUUUUACACGCGGCUAUAUGCCUUCCUCACACGCGACGUCAUGCAUCUCAAGUAUCGUGCGCGCUUUUUCAGGCUGACUGACAUAUUCCUUUCGUCGACACACUUGCCUGCUGCGAUUCUUGCGUCAUUCAUCAAAAGACUCGCAAGGUUAUCGCUCACGGCGCCUCCUGCGGCGAUCAUUAUGAUAAUCCCAUUUGUAUAUAAUGUCCUGAAGCGGCAUCCUGCCCUUAUGGUAAUGAUUCACCGCGUGGACGAUGAAGCCGAACUUGAUCCGUUUGACGAAAAGGAAACCUCGCCAUUGCGGACAAAUGCGCUAGAAUCCUCUCUAUGGGAGCUUGUCAGCCAUAGAGAUCAUUAUCUCUCUUCUGUCUCGACAUUAGCGAAGAUAUUCUCAGAGGCAUUCACCAAACCGUCAUAUGCUCUUGAGGAUUUCCUAGACCACACUUAUGCCACGCUCUUUGAAACUGAAGCAAAGCGCAAGCUUAAAAAGGACCCUGCUGUAGCCUUGGAGGCGGCGGCUAACCUAUUCCCUGCAAGCGCCCUCGGGGAAGGUCAAACAAGUGAUGUUGUAUCCGAGCUCUGGGUUUUCUAG